AUGAAUCACUCUCAAACUUUCGUUUACAAUCGAUAUACCUCUUCCAGACAUGUAUACAACACGUCAGAUUACUCUGAACAACGAGAUUCAUUAUCAGUGGUACCAAAAUUACAUUCAACUCGGAAAUAUGUUUCUUUUCGAGUAUGUCAAACAAAUCGAAACCGAGAAAAUAUGAGGUAUAUUUCAAUAUCAGAUGAUAAAACAUUGGAGCAAUUGAAAGAAGAAAUAUGUAGACAACUUCAAUUAACAAUGGAGGUUGCAGAUUUCUCGUUGACCAGAUUUGAUGAUAAAGACGAUGUUUGGGUACCUAUUAAUGAUAUAGAUAUGCACAAUAGAAUCAGUAAUUUACAUCUUCCAUCAUAUUCUAUUAUGAACAUCGAGAAACGUGAAGAAACAAAUACAGACGAUCAACAUAUAUCAAAAAUUAGAACUAGUAAUCUGACAUUAAAACUUUGUAAACAACCCAUGGAUAAAUCUAAAUACGUUAUUCUUACCACGGAUUCAAUGAUAACUAUUGAUCAACUGAAAGAAGAAGCACGAAAAAAAGUUAUGGCUACAAAAACAAAUUAUUUAUAUUUGUGGAAAGAUGAUAAUUGGAUUAAAUUCGAUACAGAACUUGAUGAUUUGACUCUAUAUGAUUCAGAAUUUGAGCAAUAUUCAAUAAUAAGUUUUGAGACAGAAGAUGAUCCUGUUCCAGGUGUAUGUGGUCUGACAAAUUUAGGUAAUACAUGUUUUAUGAAUAGUGCUCUUCAAUGUUUAAGUAAUAUACCUGAAUUUACUCGAAAAGUUCUUUCAUUUGGUAAUGAAAUGAAUGCACCAAUCAUUGGUGCUUAUGCUGCUUUAAUUAAAACUAUGUGGUCAGGUGAUUAUGUUGUUACUACUCCAUCAUCUUUAUUAUUGAAUAUUCGUGAUAAUUUACCACGUUUUCCACGAUACAAACAGCAAGAUGCACAAGAAUUUAUGAAUUAUUUUCUACAUUUAAUUCAUCAAGAAUUUACCGAUGAAAGUACAUUAAUUACUAAUUUGUUUUAUGGUGGAAUUCAAUCAAGUGUUAAAUGCUUAGAUGAUUGUUGUCAUUCAGAAACUAAUGAAGAGCAGAUUAGUUUUCUUCCAUUACCCAUCGAAAAUGAAAGCAAUCAAUAUAAUAUUCUGUAUCUUCGAAGCAAUGGUGAACAACGUUUCAUAUCUAUUCGUACUUGUGCAACAACACUCGAUAAAUUAGUUAGUUUAUUCAUUGAUCAAUAUGAACCAAACUUUUCAUUACAACGAAUUAGAAUUGUUAGAAUAGUCAACAAUAAAAUUAGAAAAACACUGCCACUGUACGUGUCACUUAAUGAUAUAAAUAUAGACCAGUUAACUUUUAUCGAGCUUCCAGAAAAGACUGUUGAUCAACGAUAUAUUCAGUUUUUGUUUCUUGAUCGAGAAACAGGUGAACCAUUUCGUCCGCCAAUCUUUAUCGUUGGUCCACAGUGGGAAUGCCGUUAUCGUGAUCUAUCUCAGCAAAUCAAUCAGAUCCAAAAUCAUUUUUGUUCGAUUACUGAUGCAUCAAUUAACGUAGUUAAACAUCUCUAUUGGAUCAAUGAAUAUAAUGAAAUUCGUCCAUUAAAGUCUGAAAAGGAUACAAACGAUACUUUUUUAUUUAUGGAUUAUAUUACUAUGGAAAUAGAUUAUCAAUGGAUUCAAAAAUAUAAACAUCUUUACAAUUUUGAUCGUUCGAUAGACAAUUCAUCAUUAGAUAGUUUACUCGUAGAGUUCUUUCGUGAAGAACCAAUAAAUGGUGAUUAUUAUUGUUCACAAUGUCAUGGUUUGAGAAAAGCCACACAAAAGGCUGAUUUGGCUUUACCAUUACCACGUGUAUUAAUUAUACAAUUGAAGCGAUUUACAUAUGAUACUUACUCCGAUAGAAAAAUCGAUACGUACAUUAAUUUUCCACUUAUAAAUCUUGAUCUUAGUCAAUAUAUUAUUCAAAAUAGUGAGACAAAGACCGAUAUAGUGGCAUUAUACGAUCUUGUCGCCGUAUCUAAUCAUACGGGUACUCUUAUUGGUGGACAUUAUAUUACUUAUGCAAAAAAUGAUGGAAAUAAAAGAUGGUAUUCAUUCAAUGAUGAUAGAAUUCGCGAAAUUACAGAUGAAAAAGAUAUUGUAACAAAGAAUGCAUAUAUUCUUGUAUAUGUUAAACAGGUGUAA